UUACAUUUGAUAAUAAACAAAAUAGAGGAAGGAAGGGGUACAGACAGAAAAGUAAAGCGCUAAGGAGAAGAGGAAGAAGAGAUGGCAGUGAGUGCAACGGUGAUCGGAGCACUGCUGGGACUGGGCACCCAAAUGUACUCCAACGCUCUCCGCAAGCUCCCUUAUAUGCGACAUCCGUGGGAGCACCUGUUGGGGAUGGGUCUGGGAGCCGUGUUCGUUAACCAGCUUGUGAAUUGGGACGCUCAGCUCCAACGGGACCUUGACAAUAUGCUCGAAAAGGCCAAGGCUGCCAACGAGCGCCGCUACUUUGAUGGAGAUGAUGAUUAAUGCUUUCGCCCUAUCAUCAGAAAAGACAUUCAUGCGCCAAGCUACUGUGGUCAUAAACCGGUUAAGAUUGUGGGUGGAUGAUUUUGGACUGCUUGUUUGUUUUGGAAACUACUUUUGCUUUUUUCUGUUACCCUCGUUGAAUAUAAGCUUCAAUGCCUUGUAGUCUGGCGGCAAAGUGCAAACUGGCUUAGUGCAAGUGCUUAUCUUGUAAUAAUUAAGAAAUAAUUCAAAGAAAUUGCACUAUUUUUGA